GCGCUGCAGAGCGAGCGUGGGGCGCGGGCCCGGGCGCACCAUGGCCGAGCUGCUGCGGAGCCUGCAGGACUCCCAGCUGGUCGCCCGCUUCCAGCGCCGCUGCGGGCUCUUCCCGGCGCCCGAGGAGGUUCCCCGACACUACGGCGCGGGCCCCGCGGAGGGCGCGGCGGCCGGCAGGGGCGCAGGGGCGCCGGCGCACGGGCUGCGGAGCGUCGCGGCCCCGCAGGUAACGGCGGCCAGCCUUAUGUACAGAAGUAUGUUGUGAAGAAUUAUUUCUACUAUUACCUAUUCCGAUUUUCCGCCGCUCUGGGUCAAGAAGUGUUCUACAUCACCUUCCUUCCGUUCACUCACUGGAAUAUUGACCCUUUUUUAUCCAGAAGACUGAUCAUCGUAUGGGUUUUGGUGAUGUAUAUUGGCCAGGUGGCCAAGGACAUCCUCAAGUGGCCACGGCCCCUCUCCCCGCCCGUGGUGAAGCUGGAGAAGAGGGUGAUCGCCGAGUACGGAAUGCCGUCUACCCACGCCAUGGCCGCCACCGUCAUAUCCUUCACCCUCCUCAUCUCCACUAGGGACAGAUACCAGUAUCCCUUCGUCUUGGGGCUGCUGAUGGCUGUGCUGUUUUCCACCUUGGUGUGUCUCAGCAGACUUUACACCGGGAUGCACACGGUCCUGGACGUGCUGGGCGGCAUCGCGGUGACGGCGGUGCUGCUGGUGCUCACCUACCCGGCCUGGAGCCUCAUCGACCGCCUGGACUCGGCCAGCCCGGCGCUCCCCGUGUGCGCCGCCGUGGUGCCCUUCCUGCUGUGCUACCACUACCCGGCGCCCGACUUCUACAGCCCGACCCGCGCCGACACCACCACCAUCCUGGCCGCGGGCGCGGGCGUCACCAUCGGCUCCUGGAUCAACCACUUCUUCCAGCUGGCGGCCGCCCCCGCCCCCGCCCCGGCCCCGGCCCCGGCCCCCGCGCCCCCGCCGCGCCCCCCGGGCCUCCCGCCGCUGCCGCCCGCGCUCUCGCUCUGGCUCUCGGCCGCGGCCGCGGGGCUGGCGCUGAGCCUCACCAAGUUCGCGGUGGGCAUCGCGCUGGUCCUCGCCGUGCGCCGGCUGGUCCAGGCGCUGUCGCUGCAGGUGCUGUGCUCGUGGUUCCGGGUGGUCCCGCGGGACAAGGAGGCCCGGCGGAGGCUGGAGAUCGAGGUGCCUUACAAGUUCGUCACCUACGCGUCCGUGGGCAUCUGCGCCACCACCUUCGUGCCCAUGCUGCACAGGUUUCUGGGGUUGCCCUGACCCGCACCUCCACCUGGAGGCCGGCCCACCGGACCGGGGAGCAAACCGGGGCACAGGUGCGGUGGGCGAGUCGCGCCCAUAUGUGUUUUUCCUUAAAAAAAAAAAAAAAGAAAAAAGAAGUCCUUAGGCCCCACACGUGUUCCGCUGGCACCUGCGGUAAGCGCUGCUGCGGCGAGAGGAAGGCCUGUGGCCCGGCGCUGGUGCGGGUGCAUCCUGCUGCGGGAAGCGGGCCUGACCCCGUGUGCUUGGGCGCAGGCGGCAGGAACGGGACCUGGCUCCAGAGACCAGGGCGACAGGCUGAUCACAGGGGCUGGAGGUCAGGCUCACCUUGCGCAUCGCAGGGCCUCCUGUCCAGACUGGCCACUUGGCUCCAGAGAAGGGGCCGCAGCGUAUAAAACUGCAUCCUUCGGUUGGCGGGGGUGGGGGGUGCUUUUUGGUCCUGAGGUCACUAGUCUGUGACCCUGGGUGGCAGCAGGAUGUACCCCCGGGGCAGGAGCCUGCGCCCUGCUGAGCCCUGGCCCCCCUGAGCCCUAGCCCCGGGGGUGUGCAUAUCUGCCCCCCCCCGCAUCCACGGGUGGGUUUUGCAGAACCCCAGGUGGCGUGGGGACCCUCCUCACCCACGGAGCCCACUGGCCGGCCCACCUCUCUCCAUCAGGGCUCCUCCAAGUGUCCUGCGCUCUCCCACUUCUGGGGACCAGGACCAGCCCAGGACCCACUGUCGCGGGUUUCAUGCUCCCGCGACAAACCCUGCGAGGGCAGAUCCGCAGACCCGAUGAACUGGAUCCCUCCUGCGGCCUGAUGGGGGGACAGGCCUCCCGGACAUCACCCUCCAUUCCUCAGUUCUUUCCUGCACAGGAUCAGGGGCUCCCUUUCCAUCCCCCUCACCCUCAUCUCUGGGCAAUCUUGAGGGUAAUGAAUGCAAGAAGGGCGCCCAGGUGUCCAGCUGACCUAUCAACCCAGGCCUCAAGCCCAGGGGAGUCCUCCUGGGGCCCAGGAAGGCCACCUGACCUGCGAACAUCCGCAGGUUCCCUCUGCCGGCGCCUCUUCAGUCCUUAACCCUAAGGAGCAAGCCUCCAGAACUUUCUGAACCAUGAGCAGAAGCACAGACGUCAGGAGGCCUGUGGUCGCGGCCGCCGUCUCCUCUCUCAGACUUCAUUCCCGCCUGGGACAACAGGCUCCUGCUUCUGCCUCCGGGGUGGAAACUGAAAACCCCACUUGUUCUGAUUUCAAAUAUGUUCCCCGACCUUUGUGCUGGGAUGAUGCGCGGCUUCGUGCCCCCGUCAACAGAGAACGACUUCUAGAAAGAUGCUCUGCUUCUCCCUCAAAUCCUUCCCCCGGCUGUGGGCUCUCGUGGUUAAGGAGGCAGAGAUCCGAUGACCUGCCCUCUGACGCUGCUAGUGCACCAUGAGGGAGGGACGGAGGAGCCCAACCUAGAGGCGCCCCUGCCCUGGGCUCCCCCCAAGCCCUCCCAACCCCCCAUCCCCCACAACCCCCAUCCCCCCACAUCCCACAUCCCUCACCCCCACCCCACCCCCACCCCAGCGGCGGGUGAGGUCCCUUCCCGGCAGCCCUGAUGAUAUUCCCACAAGAAUGAUCUCCAUUGAUUUUUCUGAGGCCAAUGGGCGAAAGGAUGGGGUCUUCCCACCUGAAUCUUUUGAGAGGAGGGGCUGUAACUGUCACAGCAGCGGGCAGUGGUGGUUCCUGCAAGCGCAUGUGUGAUUUUUAAUGUUGUCCUUUAAGUCCCCACGACGGGACAGCCAUCGGCUGUAGUAUCAUCUUUAUGUGAAUGUAGUUAAGGCUGCAUUUACACGGAACUCGCAGGGUUGGACUGAGGACAUUGGCCUUAGCGCGUGAAUCAUGCUGUCGUGGUUGGUCGCUUUUUAAAGAAGUGUGUUGUUUUGCACCUGGAGAAAGAAGAGGUAUCCAUCCCUGAGGACGAUUUUAGUCUCUGUGGCCUGGAGUGAGGCGGCUGGCCUCUGCUCGUCGGCCCUGCACGCACCUACCCCAGGCCUGUCCCUUCCACACGGAGGCCUAGGCCGCCUGCCUGCCACUGCCUUGGGGCCAUUAGGGUUUCUCUCCCUGGGAGAGACUGCCCCCUGCCGGUGCAGCCGCAGCCUGGACGGAGCCCCAGUGCGGCCCCAAUGCAGCCCCUGUGCAGCCUGGGAGAUGAAGAACCUGCAAGCCAAACUCCCCGCGGUGCGUCUAGCAUGUGUGUAGGGCCUGCGGCCUGGCCAGGCCUGCUUGUGCAAGCCAUGACCCCAACGCCCUCGGGUGACGGGCGCCUCCUGGAGCCCACCAGAAGGCGCCCUGUCUGGAACAUUCCUGCUCCCAGCACCCCGGGGCCUGCCUGCCCCAGCAGCCUUCUAACCGGCCGGCCCCCACACUGGUUUUGCCCCCGACCUGUGGCGCCACAGCAGGUGCAGAAGGACACACAGAGGGGACCCUGAGCUGAAAACCCCUCAGUGGCCGUGCCCGGAAUCCCUGUACCAACAUGCCUGCUGGUCGCCGGGUGACACGGCAUCUUCUCCCCGCAGUGGGCGACUCGUGCUUCCCGAGUUGUAACCAAAGCAUGUGCUGUUUCGGGCCCAUAUGCUCCGGGUUUCUAUUUUGGGAGCCUUCGGCUGUCUUGCUCAUGUACUGUAUGUAAAUUCAUUCUUUUUAAAAUAAAAUCUUUUGUUUUUGUUUGA